UUUUGCGUGAUUUGGAGUUCUCUGACUCAUUUGAGCAUUUUGGUGAAGUUUUCUAAAAAAACAGGUAGCCAAGCGAGGCCGUCCGCUGCCCGAGAACCUGGGACUAGAUUGUACGGCGGAAGCGCACGAGAGCGAGCUGCGCACUUUCCUUUUGGAGAAAGUGCAGCGAGUUUUGGAAACAGAGGCGGCUGUACUCGAGUGCGCCGGGGAUAGUGCGGCUUUUUUGGCCGGGUAGUGGGGCUAAUGGAGCAGCAUCACUUCUAAAACUUGGCUCCCAACUUCAGCGGGCCGGGCUUUUUAUCUUUUCUUUUCUUUUUGAAAUUCCCGCUAGGAAAGGCUUGAUCGUAGCUUUAGAUACCCUCCUUUGCUCUGCGACCGCAGAAGCUCAAGGUAUUAUGUUGCCGAGCCAGGUUGGGUCGGCACCAGCUGGGAACGGUUCUGGAUCGGCCAGAGGUAGCGCUGCACUGCACGGGGUGGUAGGACACGGAGUGAGCACCGGCCUGACCAGAUCUACCUUAGUUGGGGUCAGUGGCAGCGGGACAGGGAUGUUGGGGGGCAGCGGGGUAUCUGGGGUCUCUCGUGGGGGCACUCGGCCCGGUAACGGCGCUGGACUGACAGCUCUGCCGGGAACCGUUGGUGGUCCCGGCGCAGAUCGAGAGAGCUCUGCGCCCGUGUACAGUGGUUCCGACGCUGAUUCGGACUCUGGGGACGACGACGAGCCAAUGAUGCCGGGAGACGCCAGGAAAGGAAUGAAGCGGGAGAGGGAGGAUUUGGAGGCCGGACUCGGGGGGCAAGAAUCCGGGCUGCCAGCUGGAAAUUACGGCGGGGUGUCCGGGGGAGUGGCGGGGGCCAAGCCGGGCAAGAAGACCCGAGGACGAGUCAAAAUUAAAAUGGAGUUUAUCGACAACAAGCUGAGACGGUAUACGACUUUCAGCAAGAGGAAGACCGGCAUCAUGAAAAAGGUACCAAAAUAUGCCCAAAAUCUUUAAUAAUGAAAAGCAAAGCACCUGAAAAAUACAAUGGAGACGUCUCUAAUGGCAUCUUCAAAGCCAAGUGAUU